GCUUCGGCUGCAGUGUGAGAGCGAGAAAGCAGGGCCGGACGUACGCCCACUCCGAGGUCACCAGCACGUCUUUUGUUCACUUCCCGGCCAGAGCUAAACGGAGGUCGACCCUCGCCUCGUUGGCAAUUCCAGCCGCAAACGGAAAUCGCAACAAAGAGCUGUCAUUCCGGCCAACGAGAGGGAUUCUCAUUCAUCAUCGGCUGAUUCAUUCAUUCCCCCUGUGUAUAUCAACCACAAGCGCCUCAAACUACCGCCCGCCUUGACACCUCAACUCAUUGCUUUCUCACACGCCUGCUCCCUUCGCCCAGUUGACCGAGCAUAAUUAUUCUCUCAUUGAACAUGGAUAACUCCAACCCCGAUGAGAUCGAUCUCUCCGACUCGGACUUCUACGCCGACUCGCCUCCCAACGACGAGUAUGAAGUCGCCCAGGAUCCCGCCCUCGCCGCUACCCUAGGCUUUUCCAGCUUCGGCGCGCAGGACGACUCCCGCCCCACGAAAAGACGGCGCUUCAACCCGCAAUCUGACAACGCCGUCGUCGCCAGCACCAGCACCGCCUCAUCCUCGGCUGGUCCCCUCACAGCGCAGCGAGCCCAGCUCCGCACCAGACCCAAACCCCCCGCCACCACCACUACCACCACAGACGAAAUCGACUACUCCGACAGUGACGACGACGACGACGCCAACGGCACGAACACCAACGCCAACGACAACGCCGACUCCGACUCCGAUUUCGAGCUCGACCUCAACGAGGCAGACGACGACGACGACGAGGAUGAAUACGCGCGGCCCUCUUCCGCCUCCCGCUCAGGCAAAAGCACCCCCGCCGCCGCAACCGCGACACCACCCGCACCGCCAAAAUCCCAAGCCGGCAGCAACCCAUCCACCACCGGCACCAAACCCGCCGCCCCUGGCACCAGCGCAGCCACCACCACCACCACCACCGCCAACGCCCACAGCACCAGCGGGACCAGCGGCAGCGGCAGCGGACGCGCCGGGGCAACACCCUGGUACGUCAACUACUACGACGCAAGCAGCAACGAGAACCCGUGGGAGGGCAUGGAGAAGUACAAGGGCCUGGCGCCGGUCGGGACAUGGCUGCCUUCGUACUGGGCUUCGAGCGCCGCUGCCGCCGCUUCUGCUUCUGCCUCUGCCUCUGCCUCUGCCUCUGCCUCUGCCUCUGCCACUGCCUCCGGUGCCGGUCCCGGUACCGGCUCUGGCGAUGGCGAUGGCGAUGGGAAUGGUGAUGCAGCUGUGGCGGUAGCUGGCAGUGCCAGUGUCGGUGGCCGUGGUGAGGAUCUUGUCGCCACAGCUGGCUGAGCCACACCGUUCGUGCCUUGUUCACGGAGGUCUAUGGCUAGCUAGCAGCCGCUGACACAGCCCGCCCUUGCCUCACGCCCACUUCACU